UGUGGAGUCGGAGGGCGCACGCUGGGAUGGCCCUAUAUAAUAACGGGGCCAAGAUGCCUUCCCCCCAGGAGGCGGCCAACGGCUUUCCCCAACCCGGCGCCUCCGGCACCUGGCACAAGCCGGAGGAGGAGGUGCGGCUGGUGGAGCCCAGCCUGGUGAAAAAGGCUCACCGGGAGAUCCUGGAUCACGAGCGGAAGCGGCGGGUGGAGCUGAAGUGCAUGGAGCUGCAGGAGAUGAUGGAGGAACAAGGGUAUUCGGAAGAGGAGAUCCGGCAGAAAGUGGGGACCUUCCGGCAAAUGCUGAUGGAGAAGGAGGGAGUGCUCACCAGGGAGGACCAGCACGGGCGCCAGAUAGUGAUCGAAAACCACCACAUGGAGGAGUACGCCGUGGAGUACCCAGCGUACGGAGAGGGCUGCCUGCUGCCGUGUGACUGCCCAGCCGACUGCUACCAAGACCACUGCAGCCACAGAGAGCACAGGCUGAAGAGGAGGAUGAGCAGCUCCGCCUCGCCGCCACCUAAGAAGAAAAAGAAAAAGAAAUCGGGUCAUCGCCGGAGCCGCAAAAAGAGGAAACCCGGAUCAGAGCGCAGCUGCGACAGCUCCUCGCCGCUCCGGAAGGAGAAGAAAAAGAAGAAUGGGAAGAAACACAGACGAGACAGGUCUGAGUCCGGAUCCCGGAAGAAGAGAAGACGCAGGUCCCGGAGCCCCAAGAACAAAAGGAAAGAGAAAACCAAAGAGCGAAAGAGAUCCCCCAGCAACUCCCCAGCCCGCAGGUGCCACAGGCACAGCAGCUGCAGCUCUCACAGCGCUUCGCUCUCAUCCGAUUACAGCCACUCCAAAUCGCCCGGCAGACUAACCCCCAAGCACAGAGAGGAUGGACACAAGCCCAGCAGCCUCCGCUCGAGCCGCAGCCCGUCCUCCUCUCGCACCUGGCACAGCCGCUCGGCCACGCCGCACCAGAACGGGCACAAGGGCAGCGCCCAGAACGGCCGGCACAGCCACGGCACCCCGGGCGAAAAACAGCAGGAUAAGAGGCUGGAUUCCGCGUCCUCUUCUCCCAGGGGGCACGUCAAGCCCGAGCCGCCCUCUCCCCGCUCCAAGGGUGGCCGACGCGGCCCCAGAAGCCCCCGGUCGGUGUCGCCAGAGAAAGGAGGCCGAUGCUCCGGCGGGGACAAGUACCGCCGCCGCUCCCGGUCCGCGUCGCUGCACAAACACAAGGGGAGGAGCAAGGGCCAGGCCUCGGCCCAGAAGGCGUCGCCCCACUCGCUCAGCCACACCGACUACAGCAGCGAUUCGGAGGGGUCGGCCUGCUCGCACCCCUACCCGGCGGCGCGGGGGGCGGAGAAGAACCACGGGGCGCACUUGAAAAAGGUGAAGGACAGACACCACCGGGGCAGGCCAAACAGCUGCUCCCAGUCCCCAGUCAAGCACUCCAGGCACAACUCCGAGAGACGGAAGAGCCUGUCCCGUAGCAGCUCCUGGAGCUCCAGCGGCUCCCCUUCCAAAUCCCGGUCGCGAUCCCGGGAGAAAAGAGCAGCACGGAGCCGGAGCCAGUCUCCAUUGCAGAAAAAAAACGCAAGCAGAGAGAAAGACAACGAGCCCCGAACACGGCACAGUGACACGGAUCCUGCGCGGGCCAGGCGCCGCUCCAGAAGCUAUUCCCCUAUCAGGAAGAGGAGGCGUGACUCUCCCAGCUUCAUGGAGCCCAGAAGAAUUACAAGUGCCCGCAAGCGCCCAAUCCCCUACUACAGACCCAGCCCUUCCUCUUCCAGCUCCCUGAGCAGCUACUCCUACAGCCGGAGCUACAGCCGGAGCUACGACAGCUACAGUACCAGCCGGAGCCGGACUCGCAGCCCCCAGAGCCGCUCGCGCACCCCCAGCCCCAGCCCCAGCUACAACAGCCGCAGCAGCUCGGAGAGCGCCGGGUUCUGAGCCAGCAGCAGGCAGGCCCCCGUCUCUCCCCCACCCUCACCCGGCACCCGCCUCCGUGCCCACUCCUCCCACACCCGCCGGCCGGCCCCUUCCAGCACAUCCUCGAGGAGGAGCCGCCAGGUGAGACCCUCCAGCCCAGGAGCGGACACAUCUGACCGGGGCGGCCAGGGGCAACGGUGGCAGCUGCUAACAGCUGGCCCUCGAGGAGACCGCAUGGGACGCAGACAGCCCCCAGCCCCCGUUGUUGUGCUGGAUGAAGGUGGGGGCCGGACAGUGGAGGAGGGGACCCCCAGCCAGCGCUGGUGCCUGGGCAAAUACAACCCUGCUGUUGCUCAU